CUAGAGCCAAAUACUCUGGAUUCCUGGUAAGGGGACCGUUUGGGGUUUGAGGGCCACCAUGCAGCGUGAGGGAUGCAGGAUGGGUGGUGGGGCGCAGGAGCCAGCUGGGGCAGGGAUGAUAACUUUGGACGAUCUGGACAAUAUGACGGAUGAACCGGGUUCGGACUCCGCGUACAACAGCAACGGAAGCAUAGAGGAGGAACCCGAGCCCAUGGACGACGCAGAACAAGACAGACUUCUUCAGUAUUGGCAAACCGUUGGAAGAGGACAUCAGGUGGAGGUUCCAAACGAAAUGGCUGAGCCUAUCCAGCAGCUAACCCGAGGUAACCGCACCGAAGAGCGGCAGAACGUCCCCUUCCUGACGAUCAGCCGCAAAGAAAAGUGUGGAGAGGUCCUGUAUGAAAAGAGACGGUACGGAAAAGCCAAAUGGGCUUGUGUCAAAAUGAGCGAGGAACAGUACGAGCAGAGCAUAUGUCUGGGCUUCAUGAAGCUAAUGAGAUACAUCUGCGAGCAGAACUCGGCAGGUUUAUACCUCGGGAUGACUAUUCCGAUCCUAACCGUGGUGCACACGGACGGGUCUCAGUCAGGACUCUCGCGCUCGGUCACCGUGGCCUACUACGUCCCAACUCAUCUUCAGGAGCAACCACCGCAGGCGACGGAUCAAGACGUUGUCAUCGAAGAAUGGCCUCCUACGAUUGUUUUGACCAGGUCCUUCAGCGGCGUCACCAAUGAAGAGUCCAUUAUGCAUCAGAUCCACUUGCUUGCUGAGCUCUUGGAGUCCCCGGACCUGUGCCUUCAGGACACGUUCAUCGUAGCCGGAUACACCAACCCGGCGGCGGCCAACAGACAGAACGAGAUCUGGUUCAUAGAGAGGCCCUGAAUGGCCAGAUCCAAAAGGUGGGAAGCACCAAGCGGACCAGUAACAUUGUAACCACUUCCAAGCAAAUGGAUUCCCAGUGUCCUUCUCG